GGCAAAUCAGUCUACAAUCAGGUGAUCGAGACAUGCGGCUUCAAACGUGCGUUAUAGAAGCUAUCGAAAGUAUGACAAGCAAAUAUGAUGAAAUAAGGAAUACUGAAAGGAACGUGAGUAGUGCUGUUACACAACCAUCUACAGAACAACAAGGUGAUUCCACUGUCAUUUCAAGCCGAAGGAGACCUGGAGCUCGACGCAAUCGCUCAUGUGUCUACAGUGUAAUUUCAAGCCAAAGACCAGAAACUCCAACUCGUCGUUCAUGUGUCUUCACUGUAAUUUCAAGCCAACAGGGUUCAGAUUUCCAGACCACAUAUCGAAGCAGUCAGUGCAGACAUUCUCUACCGACUCAAUAUGAACAAGAUAUUCAAAGAUCAAAUGAUCUGUUGUUUGAAGCCUCCAAAGAACUCGCAACACAUGGAGCAACUACCAUAAUUAUCGAAAUGUUCCAACAAAUGUCACAGUAUCUCUUAGGGCAAUAUGGUACACUGAUGCGAUUACUUCCUCGCACAUAGUAAAAGGCGCAGAAAAAUUAAUGAUGCAACUCGGACGGAAACUGUGAUUAAAACGAC